AUGAAGAUUCAGGCGCUCACGACACAGCUGCUGGACCUGAGGCAGCGGAGGACUCAGAUGAUGAUGGAGCAUUGGAGAGGCGCUCGAAGAGGCGCACUGACCGCAACGCCUGAUCGCCUCUGUUUCUUCCAAAACGUUGGACAAGUUGUUCGUGUUCGACUUGUCGUCGACAACCGGGGUGUUUUCAUGGGCGAUGCCUUUGUUGAGUUUGCUUCUACCGACCAAGCAAACAAGGCACUGAAAGAAAAGAAGUGUGAUAAGUUUAAUAACUGGCGCAAAAUUGUUCUUGGUGUGGCUGAUAAGGGAGAGGGAGCUCCAUUCUUUCCACCCAAGUAUUGCAUAGAUCACAAAGUUUGGUACCUCGAAGAUGAAGAAGACUACCUUCAACAAGAAGUAGAGGAAGAUGAGGACUACCUUCAACAAGAAAAGAUGAGACACCUCCCAAUACUGAGGUACUAUUAUGCCUUUGUUGAGUUUGUUUCUCCUGAACGAGCUAAUUUGGCGCUGAAAAAGAAGAAUGGUGAAUACUUGCACGAUCAUGAGAUUUUGUUGAUGAAAAGACUUGAGGUGGACACUCCCCAUUCUGCUGAGACAGUUGUCACUGUAAGAGAUAAGACGCUCUUUGUUGACCAUCUCUCUAAGCAAACUAAAAUAUCAGAUAUCAUCAAUUUCUUUAAAGAUGUUGGAGAAGUUGUUCAUGUUCGUCUUAUGGUAGGCAAAGGUACCGGUCUGAUGGGGUCUGGCUACGUUGAGUUUGCUUCUGCUGCCGAAGCUGAGAAGGCGAUGGAGAAGAAGAACGGCAAAUAUUUAAACAGACGCAAGCUUUAUUUAUCUUUCGUUAAGGAGCCUUCACGAUUCAAGUAUUGCAUAGAUUACAAGGUUUGGUUCGAAGACUAUGUUCAGCGAGAAAACCUUCUGCUACAAGAAAAUGCAUCAAUGGAAGGACUUGAUGAAACUCCAGACUUUGUUGAGGAAGUUUCAUCGAGUAAGAAGACUCUCUUUGCCGAUAUCUCCCAUAAAAAAAUCCUGCGUUUUAACAUACCAAAUAUCAUCAGUUACUUCGAAGAUGUUGGAGAAGUUGCUAGUGUUAGACUUAUUGUAGACCGCCGGGGCAUAUCUUCGGGCUGUUGCUGUGUUGAGUUUGCUACUUGUACCGAAUCAAAUAAGGCUAUGCGAAUUAACCAGCAUGUUAAGGGGAUUUUUGUCAAGAUGCUUGAGAUAGCUCCAUACCCUUUCCGACCCAAGUACAACCUUACAGACCUUGCAGAGAACCUUUGGUACGAAGACGAGCUUAGACGAGAAGGCUUUGGUUUGCCGACCAGACCAAAGCCGGAGAAAGAGCCCUGCGUCGUUCGAAAGAUUACCUUCUGCGGUCAGAGGAUUACCUUCUCUGACGAAGACUAAUAGAAGAAGAUGGUGAUGCUCUUUGGUGUCUAUAACUUAUGAUACAAUGCAACUUGAGUUGAUUAAUCAUCUUUUUUUUAGGUUCUUUGUUUCUCAAUGG